AUGGGCCGUCUCCAAGGAAAGAACGCUAUUAUCACCGGUGCCGCAGGUGGCAUCGGUCUCGAAACCACCAUCCUCUUUGCCCGCGAGGGUGCCAACGUCCUCAUGGCUGAUAUUUCCGAGCCCGCACUGGCUAAGGCCCUCGCCAAGGUCAAGAAGGUUGUGCCCAACGCACUCCGUAUUGAGACUAUCCGCUGCGAUGUAUCCAAGGAAGCCGACGUCCAGGCUUUGGUCGAGUCCCAGGAUAGCUGGGGCGGUGUGGAUGUGAUGUUCAACAAUGCAGGCAUCAUGCACGCAGACGAUGCCGACGCGGUCGAUACACCCGAGAAGAUCUGGGAUCUGACACAAAGCAUUAAUGUUAAGGGUGUUUGGUUUGGCUGCAAGCAUGCUGUGCAGAGCUUGCGUCGGAAUAAGAAGACCUCGGGUAGCAUUAUCAACACAGCUAGCUUUGUGGCACUUAUGGGUGCUGCUACACCUCAGUUGGCUUACACUGCUAGCAAGGGUGCUGUCUUGGCUCUUACUCGUGAGCUGGCUGUUGUUCAUGCUCGUGAGGGAUUCCGAUUCAACUCCCUCUGCCCUGGUCCUCUCAACACUCCUCUUCUUCAGGACUGGUUGGGUGAUGACCAGGCUAAGCGAUUCCGUCGCGAGGUACACUUCCCCAGUGGUCGAUUCGGCGAGGCUAUUGAGCAGGCUCAAGCUGUGCUGUUCUUGGCUAGUGAUGAGAGCAGCUUCGUUAACGGUACCGACUUUGUCGUUGACGGUGGUCUGAGCAAGGCAUAUGUGACUCCGGAGGGACCGGCUGCCGCUGCGCCCAAGAACCUUGGACAGUAG